UUCGGCUUUUCCCAUCGACCAGUUUGGCGGCAAAUCUAACCGCCAAAAGAUCGCGCCAUUUCAGAUUUUCCAGCGACCAAUUAACCUAACUCGUGAGUCGUGAUUACGCUACACACACUGUAUACCCACCGCCGCGACCGAAAACCCGAGGGAACAAGAUUCCGAAAGGGCGAGAGAGAGAGAAGGCGAGGGUUCUCGAACUAUCCUUAGCAGAAAUGGCUGCGACAGAGGCGCAGGUGGAGGAAGACUUCGCUGUGUGGAAGAAGAACACUCCAUUUCUCUACGACCUCGUCAUAUCUCACCCUCUAGAAUGGCCAUCUCUCACUGCUCACUGGGUCCCGCUACCGUCUCCGCUUCCCUACUCCGCGGAUCCUUCCUCUUUCAGUGUCCACAAGCUCGUCCUGGGAACCCACACCUCCGACGAGUUCCCCAACUACCUCAUGGUCGCCGACGCCGUCCUGCCCACCCGAGAAGCCCAAGCCAGGCUUGAUGGGGACUCGGAAGACUCUCCUAUUCCAAAGGUGGAAAUAAGUCAGAAAAUCCGGGUGGAUGGGGAAGUGAACAGGGCGCGGUGUAUGCCACAGAAUCCGGCUGUUAUUGGUGCAAAGACUAGUGGAGCUGAGGUUUACGUCUUCGACUCGGCCAAACAAGCUGAGAAGAAGGGUGACGAUUGUGAUCCUGAUUUUAGGCUGAGGGGUCAUGAUAAAGAAGGCUACGGAUUGUCAUGGAGCCCCUUUAAGCAAGGUUAUCUUGUGAGUGGUUCGAAUGAUUGCAAGAUAUGCCUGUGGGAUGUCUCUGCUGUGGCUCAAGACAAAGUGCUUGAUGCGUUUCACGUUUAUCAGGCCCAUGAAAGCGUGGUUGAGGAUGUUGACUGGCACUUGAAGAAUGAGAAUUUGUUUGGUUCAGUUGGGGAUGAUUGUCAAUUGAUGAUUUGGGACCUUCGGACAAACCGGACUCAGUCUUCUGUGAAAGCUCAUGACAAAGAGAUCAACUACCUCUCCUUCAAUCCAUUCAACGAGUGGAUUCUGGCUACAGCAUCUUCAGACUCUACUGUUGGUCUGUUUGACUUGCGGAAGAUGGAAGUACCUCUCCACGUUUUAAGUGGCCACACUGAAGAAGUGUUCCAAGUGGAAUGGAACCCUAAGCAUGAAACCGUGCUGGCAUCCUCUGCUGAUGAUCGAAGGCUAAAUGUCUGGGACCUUAGCAGGAUCGGGGAAGAACAGUUGGAAUUAGAUGCAGAGGAUGGCCCACCGGAACUUCUAUUCUCCCAUGGGGGUCACAAGGCGAAGAUAUCUGAUUUCUCGUGGAACAGAAACGAGCCAUGGGUAAUAUCAAGUGUCGCAGAGGACAACUCUCUUCAGGUUUGGCAGAUGGCUGAGAGCAUUUACCGGGAUGAUAACAUUGACAGCGACAUUGCAGCCACGGAUAAGCAACCAUAAAUGGGGGAUGAUGUCCUCCAGUGCCCCUAACUUUACAAGAUCCGCUUUUCAUGUUAUGUUAAGACACAAUGCUGUUUGGACUCUGUUUUAGCUCAGUGUGUUUCUUGUUUUACGCCAUGUUGUGGUAUCUUUGAGACCGUUUGGAGAAUGGGAAGUAUUCAUUCGUGUCUUGGGAUGUAUAGUCUUGAUUGGUUUCGUUGAAGUUUCUGCCCCCCUUUCUUUUGAGCAUGUGCUCAUUGAGACUUGAAGCCUGCCCUAUGGCUUGGUUCCAGGUACCUUCGUUUCAGCCGGGAAGCCGCGGCUGGAAAGCAAAAGCAAAAGCCUCUCUUCUCUUGGAAUCCUCUGCAUCUCCAGAUUCUGAUUCUCUUUCCCUGUGGUCUAUUCAACACAGGGUUGCUUCAAAAGUGAGCUGAAACUUUAGACAAAGAUCAUCCACCAAGCAUACAAAGUGAAAGGG